AUUAUGGGGAACUCCGCAUGGGUCCAUUCAGGGCGAUUGUCAUUUGUCCCUCUGGAGGAUGAAUGCGACUAUCCACUGAUCGAGUCUAGUCGCUCGCCGCGGGGUCUCUGCUUUACUCCCAGCAUCCCCUCGUCGCGCUCUGACAUCUUCAAGCCCUCCACCAGCAUCUCCGUCUUCAUUCUCACCGGAAGUUCUUUGAUCCUCCCUAAUUGCGCCUGUCUGAUCUGCUCCUCUCUGGGUUUCUGAUUAGGUUUGUCGCCCCUGUUCCCUUUUCAGGGACGGAGUUAUUCUCGACGGUUACAUCCGAGUACUGUCCGAUAUUUCGCAAUCAAGUAUUCCUUUGAUUUUUGCUUGCACUUUUCUCUUUCGUCGCGCGACUGGCAUUUUUGCAGUGACGCUGACUCGGCUAGAAUAAAUCCCAUCCAGUCCGUCACCAUGAGUGCUUCUACGCUUCCAUACAUGAAGACGAGCCCAAAGCUCAUCUUCUUCACCGAUUUCGACGGAACUAUCACACUCGAAGACA